CCUGGGGGCACACAGUUUGGCCGCGGUGGGCCCACCUCCAUGCAUUUCCCUCCCUCCUAUAAAAACCCACCACCCUGCACACACGGACACCACCAACCUUUGUUGAUCAGCACACAAACAUAUAUCCACAGGCAAAGCGCAAAUGAGGCCUACUGGGAUGGACAUGACGAUGGAGGACGACGGCGGGGUGUCGUCGUCGGUGCAGCAGCAGCAGCAGCAGCCGGCAUUCGGCUACGGGCACGGGCAGCCGCCGCCGUUCUGGUCGACGCCGACGCCGUACCUGUUCAUCGGGUUCGCGGUGGUGAUGGCGCUCAUCGCCGUGGCGCUGGCCGUGCUCAUCUGCUCCCGCCGCAAGGAGGAGGAGGGCCCCCGCAGCCGCGGCGCGGGAGAGGAGGUCAUGUCCGUGCGCGUGCUGACGCCGCUGGGUAGGGAGGACGCGGCGAUGCCCAAGGUGGUCGUCGUGAUGGCCGGCGACCACGCGCCAUCGUUCCUCGCCAGCGCUGUGCCACUCACCAGCUUCGCCGGAGCAGCCAAGGCGCAGAUGCCGCAGUACGUCGGCGGGGGCAAGGACGGAGCCGCCACCGCCACGGCCAUGUAGACUGCCCUGCCGGCGUGCUGCGCGUGCGAAAUUAAGCGGGAGAAGCAAUUUUGUUCCGACUUCUUUUUUCUUUCUUCCUUGGUAUAGCUUCUCUGACGUCCGCGCGUCCGAAUUUGGUUGCAUCAUCUUUCCUGUUUCUGAUCUUACAUAAGGAAGUUUUCGAGGUCGGACGAACAAUUGCGGUCUGUUUGGAUAAGCGGGUACGUAGGAUCCUAACCUUAGGAUUUCGUUUAAACUCGAACUAAAUUUUAAAAUAUAUGUGUAUGAGACAAUCCUCUCUAUAUCACUUAAUAGUUUGGCCUGUGACAACUAAGUGCGGGCUCAUCAUCGUUUUAUUAAGCAAUCAGUGAUAGAUCAUCACAGAUCACACACUUAUUAGUCGCUCUCUCUCAUCUUUCUUUUCCUUUGCUUUUUAAAGAGAAGCAAGCUUCUGUCCAUCU